AUGUGAGCCUGCAGUACAAGACACUCAAGAGGAGACCUGCGGAGCUGCGCCUAUCAUGGAGGUCAGAGCAUGGCUCCUCUGCCUCCUGCUGCCAGGGACAGUGGCCCAAGGGUCUCUGUCCUCUGGAGCAUCCUUCCUUUCCCAGGAGGGAGAGCUCUUCCUUAGCGAGAACCCCCUGCCACCAGAGAAGACCAGUGAGACAUCCUCCCACAACCCUGAUGUCUACCUCAUCCGAAGCAAGCCGUCUGCCCAUGUGAGGCCAUAUAGCCUGUCCCUCGCCCCUGACGACUACCACUACACCCCCAAGCCCAAGCAUCUCAGGGCCCCCCGCCUGCUGAAGCUACUGGGCUCCUCCUACGACCCCUUCUGGAUGUCCCUGGAAGACCCACGAGGCCGCAACACCAGCCUGGAGGAGCUGGGCACCCUUAGCCAGGAGGUGGCCGAUGGUACCAGCCGCUACCGGAGAAAGUUGCUGCGGGCAGCAGAGGAUUUGGAGUUCCCCCUUCUGCCGGUCUCAGAGGAGGGGCUGCCAGGCAACCUGAGCCAAACCAUCACCCACCACCUCCGCCAGUGGCUGGGGGGGAGGGGCCCCCCCCUCCGCCAGUGGCUGGUGGACAGUGCCACUUGUCACCUGACCUCAUCCUGGGUGGACCUGGGGCCUGUCUUCUGGCCACGGUGGGUGCGCCGCACGGAGUGCGAUGCCUCCCAUACUCGCUGCUCCUGGCCACCAGGCAUGACCUGCCACCCUGCCCAGUUCACCCACAUCAAGCUUCUGGUCUGGCAUUGCUGGGCGAGCAGGGACCCAGGCAUGAGCACAUCCAGAGUUACGCAGCAGUGCACCUGGAGACAGAUCCCUUACCCGGUGGUAGCUGCAUGCAAGUGCUCCUGUCGAUAGCCGAGGCAGGAGGAAGAGGAGGAGGGCACUCCUUCCUCCUUGGAAGCUCGGCUCAUGGGUGCGUUGCUGCCUCUGGGCUCCUUGAAGGGCUUGCUGCCAUGUAUCACUCACUGGAAAUAGCCUGUGCAGCUGGCUGGAGAGGCUGAUCCCACCAUGCAGAAACAACAAACAGAAGUUUUCAUGGACCAGCAAGAUGCUGAGAGUGAUACCCCUGAGACCCUGCUGAAAGCCAGCACCCUCUGCAAGAAGGUUGAGAAGGUGGAAUGUGGGUGGAUCAUCAGGACUUGAUUGUCGGGGGAGCUGGGACUUGGAAAGCCCUGCCGCGGCCAAGGGAACGAAGCCGAGACCGGAAGGAGGUGGGAGUCAGAGGCGCCACCCUUUCUCCUGUGUUUCCACCCAUUAUGGCUAAGUAGGAUCUAGAGGUGAAGUAGAUAGGUGCGCUGGGCUUUGCAGGGUCUAGGGAAAUGGCAGGGAUCACUGUCAUUGUCCAGGAGCCCUGCUGCUUGCAUGGGGAAAUAAAACUAC